AAUCUGUGAACUGUGAAGUGUGAAUUUGAAGUUUCAAUUUAAACACAAAUUUGAACAGCAAAAUAACAAAUUACAGAUUUAUUUAAAUUCAACAAGCAAUUCCCGAUACACAAUUUUACAAUAACUAAACUUUAUUUAUAAUUUUCAAGAAAUGAAGUUACCUAUAGUAUUAAACUUAAUUAAGAAAUGAUUAAACGAAGGAGCCAGGUGGUUAGAAUUUAGGGUUGAGUUCUCUUUGGGCAAACUUCUUAAAAGCCUCCAUAAUAACUUGAUGAUGGAGGAAGAUAACGAGACAAAUAUGAAAGUAAAAUCACGUAAAUGUAAACCUGUUCUCACGGAGAGGAAGCUACGGCUUUCCCUAAAGUAUAGACCUAAAAUUUUGAAACUAAUAUUAAAAUUAAGACUUUGUUUGACUAAGAAAAAUCAUAUAAUUAAAAAGUUAACUCAGCGACUUCAUAAAAAGUACCAUGAAGCAUCAACACAAACUGAUGAUUGGGAUACAAGUAAAGAAAGUGCAAAUCACAAAUCCGAAGAAGCAACUCCUAGACAAUUGAAUGCAAAGAAAGACCAAAACAAUUUAGCCUGGUCUAUAAAUGAUAACAAUGAGAAGACUAUAGCAGAUCAAGUUAAAGAAGUCGCCCAAAGUGCUAUGCAAGAAUCUGGAAUGGUUUAUGUGGAAUCAGCUGGCAUGUACUAUGACUACAAAACUGGUUAUUACUAUAACUCUGAACUAGGAUUAUACUAUCACACAGACACUAGCUGCUAUUAUUACUAUUCAGAAGAAAAGAAAUCUUUUGUCUUUCAUUCAUAUCCUGAUAGAAGUGCAGAAAACCCGAACCAUAUUGCUCAUGAGAGAAAGAAAAGCAAACAAAAAAGGGUGGCGAAUAACGACGAUAUUGAAAACCUAACGAAAAAUCUAUCUAAGGAAGCGCCGAAACCAAAACGCAAGAAAAAAGAGAAACCUCUUGUCAAAGAAAACGAUGUAGAACUUGAAGACGGAGAGUGUAGUAGUUCAGAUGAUGAUGCCGCUAGUACAUCAACAGCCACUGAUGAUGAAACAGUUGCGAAACAUCACCCGCCAUGUAUGCGAGUGAUCGUGCGUGAAACGACUCUGCCGAAAUUGAAAGUUGGUAGUUUGUUCCUCGUGACCAAAGAUGGCGGCACCAUAGGCAGGGAGGGCGACCACCAUGCCAUUGUAUUGCGAGACCAAAAUGUGUCAAGGGAACAUUUACAUAUCCAAUAUGACCUCGACCGAAGAACGUAUUUUGCGAUGGAUCUUGGUUCAAAGAAUGGUACUGUUCUGAAUGGUGUAAGAAUGUCACCAAGUCAGGAGACCAGUUCACCCACAGAGAUUGUACAUGGAAGUACAUUACAACUAGGUGAAACGAAAUUGCUAUGCCAUAUUCAUCCUGGCACAGACACGUGUGGACACUGCGAGCCUGGACUUAUUAUGGAAAUGCAAGACAAAGAAAAGAAGGCCUACACAAGGACGUGUGGCGUGAAGAAGCAGCACGAACUUGAACUUGCCAGAUUGAAGAACAAGUACGCACCGAAAUUGCUGGAAAUCGACCAAAUUUCUUACAAAGAUAGAGCUCAGAUGAGGCGAGAGAAAGUGGGCUCGUCACACCACGCUGAAAAGACCCAGACAAGUGAUAUUAAUACGUGCAUAACUCCUGAGAACAAGGGCUUCAAGUUGCUUCAGAAAAUGGGCUGGUCGAAGGGCGAGGGACUUGGAAAAGACAAUCAGGGCGAACAGGAUCCGAUCCCGCUCGUUAGCAACGAAGGAAAAACAGGUCUGGGUGCGACUCCAGCUCCAGAGCCACUGGGAACCCUCGGACCUGCGACUAUGAGACUGGCGGCAAAAACAAAAAUGCUGCAGCCGCCUGCGAAAGCAUUCCAAAAUGAGCCUGAAGAUGAAUUCGAAUAAGUGCUAUUUCUGGCUGUUAAACACUACAGAUUUAGAUGGAAGACCUAGGUUUUAAAAUUAAGAUUAAUGAUGGGUACACAUAUAUAUAGACAGCGUGAUAAAUUUGUAAGAGUAAUAUCGUGAAUAUUUGCUUGGCUUAUAUUUCUUAUAUGUUUUGCCACGUGUGUGUCUGUUUAAUUGAUGGACUCUUUAUGCACGUGUUAACGAUAAAUAUUCCUCACGUUAUCUGACCAUACAAAUGUUAUCUAUGGUCAUAGAAAGUUUUAUCUAUUGUUGCACUGGAUAAUCUAUUUAUCCAUUGGGCUAACACUGGUCUAUCAAUCUUUGUCGUUUAUUUUGUAUGUAGAAACAUCAAUUUAACAUCAGUUUUUUGAUAGUUCUCUUGGUGUACGCCCUUUAUUUGUACCGUUUCACGUUCCACGCUGUCUAACAGUAAAUGUUAAUUUAGUUUUUUUAAUUAUAUAAUUGUACAAAUUGCGUGAAUAAUACAUUUUUUUUAAAAUAGCCAAGUAAGUAGACGUUAUGUUUUACCUGUUUUUUGUAUACCUUUCGAGGAAAGACUACUACCUGAUUCAAAUAGCAAAGAUAAGAAAGCAUUUACAGCUGGUGGACUGGUCGAUAUUUGCCAACAACAAUAAAAACACUCGCAAGACUUCUGGCGUGGUGAGUUUCACAUAACAGUAUCCUUUAAAUAAUACGUAAUCGAAUGAUUCAUAUAUAAUAAUAAGUUUCGUAUUUGUAACUAAAUGGAGGCGCAAACAAUAUUGUUUAAAAAACUUAGUAAAUUUGGAAAAUCUAUGUGUUUGAUCUUUACGAACAUUUUGCAUUUGCAACAUACAGUUAAGGUGAUUAAAAUUGUGCUUAGAAUUUGAUUUAUUUACUAAUUAUCCGCUAUUACCGUCAUAGUUCGCAUUUGAAGUUGUGUACACAAUAUCCUCUCGUUUUUAUACUUUUGUAUCGCUAUGUUAAAUAAAAAUUUAAUAAUAUUUAUUUUCUUUGCGAAUGUCCAAAGUGUUCAUUUCGCUCUUUCAUGAAUUUAAGGCUUUUGUAAAUAAUGUCUUUUGACACACAAAAAUACUUUACAAUAGGCGUGCACUUACUAACGCCAAUCGGUACGGACACGUGACCAGGCUAAUGUCAUUUCUAUACACUUUUGUCAUGUCACACCUUCUAUAAAAGCUUAUUAAACGUGUGUUCCUUAUGGAAGGAUAUAAUUGACAUGUGAAAAAUGGAAACCAAUACUAAAAUAAUUAUAAAGUUAUUUAUAUGGA